AUGAAGGACGACAGCAGGGCAACUGUGUCGUCGCUGACUAGGCCUCGACCAAUACACUACCCAUUUUGGUUUGGUGGCAGCGCAAGUAGUAUGGCCGCCUGCGUAACGCAUCCCCUCGAUCUCGUUAAGGUCCGCCUCCAAACCCGCACAGGCGCCAUGCCCUCAACAAUGAGCGGCACCUUCAUGCACAUCCUCAAGCACGCCGGCCCCCGGGGCCUCUACAGCGGCCUCUCAGCCUCCCUCCUCCGCCAACUGACCUACUCGACAACCCGCUUCGGCAUCUACGAGGAACUCAAAACCCGCUUCGUCUCGAAAAAGACCGACCCGCUCACCGGCAAACCUAGCCCGCCCUCGCUCCCCUUACUCAUCGCCAUGGCCUCGACCUCGGGUUUCGUCGGCGGCAUCGCCGGCAACGCGGCAGACGUGCUCAACGUGCGCAUGCAGCACGACGCCGCGCUGCCCGCCUCGCAACGGCGCAACUACGCGCACGCGCUCGACGGCCUGGCGCGCAUGGUACGCGAGGAAGGCGUUGGCGCGCUGUUCCGCGGCGUGUGGCCCAACAGCGCGCGCGCCGCGGCCAUGACGGCUAGCCAGCUGGCGAGCUACGACGUGUUCAAGCGGACGCUGCUGCGGGUCGCGGGCAUGCAGGAUGGUCUCGCGACGCACUUCACUGCGAGUUUUCUUGCCGGGGUGGUGGCGGCUACCGUGACGAGUCCGAUUGAUGUCAUCAAGACGCGGGUGAUGUCGGCGUCGGGGGGAAACCACGGGGUGGUGGGUGUGUUGCGCGAGGUGUAUGCCAAGGAGGGGAUGCGGUGGAUGUUUAAGGGCUGGGUGCCCAGUUUUUUGAGGCUAGGGCCACAAACGAUCUGUACAUUUCUCUUUCUAGAAUCUCAUCGCAAGAUUUACAGGAAGAUCAACGGGAUAGAGGAUCCGGCGUAA